AUGUAUACCACCACUCUAAAGGAGCACGUGCAGCACUUGAGGGCAGUUUUCCAAGUCCUACGGGAGAACGACCUAUAUGUGAAGACGGAGAAAUGCUCCUUUGCCCAAGAGGAGGUGUUGUUCCUAAGGCAUAAGAUAUGGGAUGGUAAGCUAAUGAUGAAUGAGGCAAAGGUGAGGGCCAUUCAAGAGUGUGAGCCGCCCACUAAGGUGACAGAGCUAUGCUCAUUUCUUGGGCUUGUUAACUACUACCGUCGUUUUAUUAAGGGUUACUCAGUGAGAGCAGCCCCAUUGACAGACCUUCUCAAGAAAGAAGAACACCCCAUAGCUUAUAAGAGACGCAAGCUUAAUGACACCGAGCGGCGCUAUAUGGUGUAG